GCAGAGGAGCCGAGGUGGGAAGAAUAACCGGGGAAAGGCAGGAGGAGAGGGGACAUCCCUCCCAUUUUCCACCCCGAGUCUCUUGCCCUCGCUGUAGAUCACGGAGCUGAAGAAGCUGAUGGAUGUGCACAGCCCCUCGCGGCCCAUGUGGGCGACCGUGGACAAAGCCCCCGUCCUGAUCCUCGGCGGUUUCUCCAAAAACAAGGUCAUCUUGCUUUCCGAUUCGGGCUUCGAGGACUUCAUUGCCGUGGAGGUGGACAUCGACAGCUGCUGGAUCGGGUCCCUCACCUGCCCCUGGACCGAGUUCUCCUCCACCAUCUUCGACGCCAUCGCCACCGAGAGCACCCUCUUCAUCCGCCAGAACCAGCUGGUCUACUACUUCACGGGGAAUUACUCCAUCCUGCACAUGGCCACGCCGGGAUCGACCCUCUGGACCCGCGUGCUCAACCGCAUCUGCGUGGAUAAGCUGAACCCCGUCCCCUUUUCCCACAAUGGCUCCGAGUAUGUGAUCGCCAUAGGCGGGGGCCAGCAGAAAGGGGAGUUCUUCCUCGGCACCGUUCGAGACGGAGUGGUUUAUUUUUCCGAUUCGAUCAGGGCUGAAAAGAAGACAGUGUGCGAGUACUUGGCGUUUUCAGCGUCCUGCAAGAUCGAGUGGGCAGUCUACAUCCCCGAGGAGAACAAAACCCUUCUGCUGGUGGAACAGGAGAAAGACAACACUACCUCUUACCACAUUGUCGCGUGCGAGCACGAAAAUCCGCAUUUCUCCAUCAUGUACAACAUACCCCACUUCCGGCCCAAAGCCACCGAGAAGUCGUUUGUGAUGCUGAUUGGCUUCAAGGAAUACAGCGACAUUCCCAUGGUCCUGCGGGGCUUGUCCUACAAUCCCUUCAGCACCAUCUUCUACAUCUGGGGCAAUGCCAUAUUGCAAAGCUAUGACACCAUCAACUACAUUUUCCUCUCCAACUUCCCUGGCGAGUCAGUCAUCAAAUACUUCAUUCAGUCGUACAGGGGGGAGAUUGUGUGUGUGACUGAAGCAGAAGAGGUCUGGUUCUUCAGGGAGGGCAGCUCAACCGUCCAGCAGCUCUACCCCAGCAGAGCCUGGAGCAUGUACGCCAAAAUCCAGCUCCUCAAGGGCUCCGAGGACUACGGCGUCAACGAGACCUCCCUGAGCUUCUUCUACAACCAGGGGGAGCUGCAGCAACUCGUUUACAUACGCGACAGGAACGAGCGGAUCAUCAAGAGGAAGUUUCCCCUCACCUACAUCCUCUCGCACCACUGCCUCUACUCCCACCGCUAUUCCCCCAGCAGCAGCCUCGGGCUCAGGUUCAUCGGCUUCACCAACCUCUGUCCUUUCACCAUCCUGAAGUUCAGGGACCUGCCCAAGCCGCAACGCUUCAGCCGCGUGGAGCACUACCGCGCCGAGCCGCCGGUCAUCACCGACCAAACGGGCUUCCACAACAACAGGUCUCUGGCUGUGUAUCAGGGCCUCGUUUUCCAUCUCCUCUGGCUUCACUCCGACUACAACCGGCCUUACGCUGACCCCGUCCAUGACCCAACGUGGCGCUGGUGGAAAAACAGAAAGCAAGAUGCAGAUUAUUACCUCUACCUGGCCAGCACGGGCAGCUCCCCGGGAGGCCUGUACAUCAACAUGGAGCACUAUGUGAAGAUUUAUGACCUGCACUCCAACAACAAGCUGCCGGAGCAGAUCUACCUGGACAAGGGUGACGAGUACAACUUCUCCGUAUCCCUCAGCAUCCGCUCCACCACAGAACGCAUGCGGGAGAAGAACUUCAACCACAUGAAGAUCACAGUGGUCCUCUCACACCCCUCCAACCUGGACUUCUUCCUCCAGAGGCAGGACCUGGUGAACCGGGCCUCAGUGCUCUAUAAGGUGAGCAUUCGGGACACAGCACGGUACCCACAGCAAGAACUCAGUGGGAAGAACCUGCUGAAGAGCUCCAUGGUGCUAAAGGUGGUAAACUCAGCGAUAAACUGUUAUGAGUACUCGGAGUCAGGGCCGGCCCUGCAGGGCUACAGGAUGGUGCCAGUGUACAUCGGCUGCCCACCGGGCAAGCGCCUUGCUUUCGACAUCACCAACACCAUCCAACACAACAUCAACAUGAACAAACGCUACUUCAACUGCCUGAGCCAGAACCCCGAGAUGCCUUGUUUCUUCUUCGAGGACGUGUUUUACCCUCUCUUCCUGAUCCAGGACAUGGUGACAGGGGACUCAGGGUCCUUCUUGGGACGGUACACGCUGAAGGUCAUCGGUGGUGCCCCGGACUCAGAGGCGGCCAUCGUACGCUACAAACCUGAAGACAUCUGGAAGUACAACAUAGACAAUGCCAGCACAGAAUCGAGCCUGAUAUGGCAGAAAGCCGGCAGAGGGGUGUCCGAGACCAAUCCCCAAGGAUACCCCAUUCACUCCAACACAAAUAACGGCAUCAAAUGGCUGUGCCAGAGGGACUCGCCAUGCCACGACAUAGCACCCAAGGGGCUGAUGACCCCCAACUACUUCUUCCUGGUGGUGGUGUCCAACAGAGAUGUGGACACGUCCACCUACUGCGACUACAACCUGGAGUUUGUCAUCCACGUGCAUGGGCUGCAGCUCAGCUCCACCAGGAGGUUGUAUUUCAUGAAGAUCACCAUGAGCACCCUCCUGGGCCUCAUCACCCUCUACUUCCUCUACUGCCGGGCGGCGAGGAAGAUCAUGACAUCCUUCUUCAACAUGGUGCGCAAGCUGGAGGAGGCGUCCGCUCUGUCGAUGGGUGAGUGA